AUGUCCGAAGACGGCAACUUAGAACCCAGUUUAUCAUUACAGCUUGCCAAUCUGUUAAAGAAUGGCAUCAAUCCCCAAUCUCAGAACCCAAAGCUAUCCGAUAAUCUCCAAAUAAACCUCAAACUCAAUAGCGAAAUUUAUGCUAUAUGGACUCGUAUGAUUCGAGUUGCCAUAAGCGGAAAAUCUAAGGCCCUGUUAUCUCACUUGACCUCUGAUCCUCCAAGCCAAGAUAAAGAAUCUUACGAUAAUGGCAGAGACAAACUUCAAACCUUCAACCUCCAUGUCAGGGCUAAUGACAUCAAGCAAAAUGACAGCACCCUUGAAGAAUUUUGGAUUACACUCCAAGGUGUCUGGGGAGAAAUCGAUAGGAUCGAUCCUAACCCCAUGAAAUGUCUAGAUGAUAUCAAUACUUACGCAAGAAUAAGGUCAGAGCAAAAACUUUUUCAAUUCUUAAAUGUCCUCGAUCAAAAAUACGAAUCAAUCAAAAGGGAGAUCCUUCGAUUGGAACCAUUGCCUUCGGCGGAGGCAGCUUAUGCUACCGUCCGUAAGGAAGCCGCUCACCAGAAUAUUCUUGGAACAACUAACCACACACAGGGCAUAGCAGCAGGUCUGGUCGCUACUGAAACCGAGGGAAUGGGGCUUGCCACGAAGGGGUAUCGCCGAUCAGAAGGAAAGAAGAAUGGAUCGAUGAUCAAAGAAGAUACAACAAACUUGAAGUGUGAUCACUGUGGCAUGUCAAGACACACCAAAGAGCAGUGCUUUCGGCUCGUUGGUUAUCCUGAAUGGUGGGCCGAUGGCCACAAGAAGAGUACCAAGGGUCUCGGACCAGAAAAAGGAAGAGCUCCGACCACCGAUAAGAAUAUCGAUCGGAAAACCGCCACCGGAUUUGGGGGGGUUGCAGCGACGGGAAUCGAUGAAGAAGAUGAAAGUUUCUCGAUGGAGACAUGUACAGGGGGUAAGAAAGAGGGUAUCUUGAAAACCCCAAUAAAUAAAUUACAUUCUAAUGGUUCUUUUUCUUAUCUUAUCCAAAAGAGUUUUGAAAAUUACAAAAAGAACCUUGAUGUUAAUGGUUGUGCAAUUGUGGCUCAAAAUUAUAAAAUAAAACAUGAACCGUUAUGGAUAUUUGAUUGUGGAGCCACCGACACCAUGACUUACAACUUAUCUGAUUUUUCUAUGUCAACUAAACCAACAAAAUCAUACAUUCAAACCGCUAAUGGAGAAAAAAUGAAUGUAAAAAAUGGGGGAACGAUCGAAAUCUCACCAAUACGAUAUCAAGACGGGAGCGAUAAUUGGGCGUGGCACUGA